AUGGACGGAGUUUCAUCCGAAUCCGACCCCCGACCUAGAUUCCUACCUCAGCAAGCUUGGAUACUACAGCCUACUAGGCUUGUAGGGGACGUCCACGCCGACGCCUCAAACUUCGCCAAUGGCGUGACGAAGGAGGAGGCCUAUGAGCAGGUCCUCAUCCAAGCCGAAGGCCUCCUCGACGGCCAAAGAAACUGGCAAGGCCGUUCUCCCAUCCUCGUCCUCAUUUCUGGGACCAACCUCGCAAACACGGCCUCCCUCCUCUGGCACGCAUACCACUCCCUCCCCGCCCCCUCAAACGCAGUAAACUGGGCAGGUUUCUACGUCCUCGACCCCUCCACCUCGACCUCACCCUCAUCCGCCAAACGAUCCCUCAUCCUGGGCCCCUUCAUGGGCAAAGUCGCCUGCCAACAAAUCCCCUUUGGCCGCGGCGUCUGCGGCGCCGCCGCCGCCACGCGCCAGACCCAGCUCGUGGCCGACGUCGAUGCCUUUCCGGGGCACAUUGCGUGUGAUGGGGAUAGCAGGAGCGAGGUCGUCGUGCCGAUCGUCGUCGAGGACAAGUUGGUGGCGAUUAUUGACGUGGACUGUGCGGAGAGAGAUGGGUUCGACGAGGUUGAUCGGGUUUGGUUGGAGAGGCUUGCUGGGUUGCUUGCGGGGGGUUGUGAUUGGUAG